UUCCUUUCAACCGUCUUCCUCUCAUAUUUCACCUUGACUGUCUUUUGUGUCCUUGAGCCCUUACUGGUAAAUCACAGCGCCCUCCCGACGCCCAUACACGAUGGCCGUCACCUCUCCCAAAUCAGCGUCUCCGCCCAUGUCACUGCUUGAUUGGGACGAGAACGCCGUCGUGUCAUAUCUCGACAGCCUUGGACUCGGACAGUACGACAAAGCUAUCCAUGAGCAAGGGAUCACAGGUGAUGUCUUAGCUGCGCUAGACCUCGAAACACUGCAAAACCUUGGAAUCAGCAGCGUUGGCCAUCGCUUGGCACUGUUACGGGCAGUCUAUGAAUUGAAGGAGGAUCAGGGCAUUGAGAUAGGGGAGGAAGAAUGGAGACCUCAGGAGGUGGAGGAACAGAAGAGGCAGGAUACCGAGCGGCUGGUAGAUAUGGUGAGGGAGCAGCGUGAGAUUGGCUUUUGUCCUGCUCGGAUCCACGCUCAUAGUCCACAGAUGAACGGCUUUCGCUCAUCGAAAGAGACCAUGAGCGGUUAAAAGCUAUUCUCGAGGAGAAAGGCAUAUCUAUUCGGUACGGAGAAUACGACGACCGCGACACUUUGUCAGGCGCCGACUCUAAAAAGCUGGCUGGGCUUGGACUAGGACGGUCAGAGAGCCUGAAGUGGAGGGAGAUGAAGCAAAACGGGGAGUAUGGGCCUAAUACUUCCAAACCACGACCCGACCAACUCUUCCCCACUUCUUUGGCCUCGUCCUCCAAUUUCACCGCCCCUCUAUCAUCCCACUCCACCACCUUCCAAGACAACUUCACUCCCACCACCACCAAUACGUCCUCUUAUAACGUCGAAUCCCCAACGCCGCAGGCUAUGGAACGGAAAGAUUCGCGGCCGUCGACAGUCAGCAGGCUCAUAUCGGAGACGGCUGGUGCUGGAAGUGGAAGUACUGCCACAUCACCUGGUACCACACCUCCGGGCAUGAGCCAAUCUCUGUCCGCCUCAUCCAGCAAACAAUCCUCGACUCUUGCUCCGACUUCAUCUUCAUCCCUCCCGAAUGCUGGCCCAUCACCAAAUCUAUCUGUGGUGCCAUCCGAUAAAGAGAAAUCUAGGGCCAAGGAUGAUGCGCGGAAAGCUGCCAAGUCGUUCAGAGUCACACUGGAGGAUCCUUGUUGGAAAGUGCUACCUGCAGCCUUGAAAAAGUACAAGAUCAACGACGACUGGAGAUUAUAUGCGCUGUUUAUAUGUUAUGACAACACUGGAGACUCUACUGAGAGGUGUUUGAGUUAUGACGAGAAACCUUUACUGCUAUUCCAAAAACUCAAAGAGACUGGCCACAAGCCUGUUUUCAUGUUGAGGCAUAUUAAGGACAUCAAGUCCCCAGUAUUUGUCGCGCACACCAAACAAGCUCAGAAGCUUGGCCUCCCGGGUUCCACAACCGCCUCGCUCCUACCAAAGAUUAAACCAGCCACCGAUACUUCCGUGUCCCCUAUCAAGUCUACCACCCUUAAACCAGCUAUCGCUCGAAUAGAAGAUGGACAUACGCCCAAUGGGGCCGCGUUCCCAGAGUUGCCUAGUCCAGGUCUGAGAGAUGGCGAUGGGAGUCAGAGUGCCGGAGGCAGUCGGACCACCAAUGGCCAGCUGAUAGACCAUGACGGGAAUACGGUCAAUGUCACAUAUGGCGUUGCCAUAUAUCCCUAUUGUCGAGAUAGAGAGGAUGAGUUUGACGUUCCUGUUGGUUCGUCAUAUAUAAUCCGCAGCAAGAGCAAAGGGUGGUAUAUCGUAAAUCGAGAUAUCGACGGGACGGGGUCGCCGCAUAGCUUUGACCAAGGUUGGGUUCCUGCUGGGUGUAUACUGGAACUCAGUCAACCGGUCUCUCUCAUAUCACCCUCGCCUGAUGGUCAAAUAUCUGCCUUCCCCGGAUUGCUGCCCAUACCACCCUCGAACAUCACGUCGAGCAGUUAUGCUGGUUUUGCUCUAAUGGAUUAUAAAGCGAAAAGCGACGAUGAACUGGCUUUGGAGGAAGGAGAGAAAGUAAGAGUAUACAAAAAGUACUGUCACUGGAGCUACGUUAUCAGGAAUGACACGGGAGAAAGAGGUUGGGUGCCAGCCUGGUUUGUCGGGAAAACCCCCAAUACUAUCUCCACUAGUCUGAGAGAUGCCGACGUGUCAGCCAAGGCCAAGGUUCCAGCAACGUCGACGUCGUUAUCGGGGGGGUCAGUUGACGGGGAAGGAGGUGAUGAGAAAACAGCAGAUGAGAGCAAAUAAGAACAGCGAGUCCAUAGCUGGGGCUCUACUGGGCACCAUAACGUCGCCUUCAAUGUUGUAUAUACGUAAUGAACACAGGCAUCGUCCUCA